AUGGUUGCAUUGAAGAAACUAUUCCAGACGGAUAAGUCUCUUUCUCGUCCGGCAACCAGCCUUGGACUCGAGGUCACUUUGGGGGGUUUCCCGUCCAGAGAUUCGCAGUCACUGGAUGUGGCGCAUCAUUUUGAACAGAUCGAGAAGCAAUUCGAAGAUCUACAUGAUCGACUGGCACGGCCGACAUCUUCUCAAUCCCCACCGCGGCCUCUGAGCACUAAUUUUGUGCCUCCCAAACCUUCAAAUGGCCGACAUAUCGACUUGAUGGAUGCUCUGUUCGCUACGGAGCGCAAUCAAACAAUUACUCCAGAACCUCUUUCCCCUCCUGUCAGCCUGUAUAACGAGGAUGUUGCGGAACGAAACAUGACCCGGUUUCUACGGAUCCAAUACCGGAAUGGAAUUGCCAGCUCGGGUAUACUUUCGGCCCUAUACCAGGAGGAUGUGGCCGAUAGAAACAUUGCGAAAUAUAGCACCCCUGGCCGCUCUUUAUCCCACUUAAGUUCUCGGUCAUCACCAGCUGCGCCUGGCAGAGUACGGAUCCCCGAAAGCCAACGGCGCAAAGCCAGGAAGCGGGAUCCAGGGAGGCCGACUUGGGCGUCGGCCGAAAAUCUACGGACAAACCUCUCCCCAGACGAUGACUCGGGUACUGCAUCUCCACGAUCACAGUCCCAUAUUGGCAACCACCUUAGACUCCAGAGGUCUGCGCCGAGCCUGUCUGCAGACGAAGACUUUGUCCCACAAGAAGAUGCACCACCAACUCCUGUCCAGCGUUUGGGGGUUCCUCCUGCAUAUAAACAGGGCAAAAGGUGGAGUAACACUCCUCUACCUGACAGUCCUACAAUUCCCAUCCCCAUGGGCGAUAAUAACGCCGCUGCCGCGGCUCCUUCGGCACCACGUCAACCUGCUACAAUAGCUCGCACCACAGAGAGCUCGCUCCCUCCGCCACAACUAUCAGAGCCAGGCUUCAAGAAAAAUGCGCGAGGACUCUCGAUCAAUACGCAAUUAGCUGCAAAAGGACCCCCGAAAAUUGGACACCGUGCCAUCCAACCUCCAACACCCUCAACCUCCGAAUUGCGACAGACCCCCAGCAUUGCAGAAGUUAUGAACAGUCCUUUACCGGUUCCCAGCCCAAUCAGUCCCCACAAAUCACCUUCACGCCUCAAAGCCUCGGACAUGAUGGACUUUUUCAGCAAGGCUUAUAAGGCCGCCCAAGGUUCCGACCCGACCCACGAGACGUUACAAGACGCUAUAGUCCGCGAGGUCAAUUCCCACGAGGCAUUCCGUCGAGUCCCACCGCCUGCCCCAGGGCCUCCAUUCACACCCUCGCCAGAGCAAGAUGAGUUCGGCAGCGGCUCCAGACCGGAAACUGCACUCCAUCGAAGCGCCUCAGCGAAGAACCGGCUCGUGAGUAGGAACUCGUUCAAGCACAAGAGAACCCCCGAAAACCGCCGUAGCAUUUCAACCAGCGUCGGCUACGACCGUCUUCUACGAAAAGUCUCCGGCUCUCCCGCUCGCCGUCGACAUACCGACGCUCCAGCCCCGACCCCAGGUUUCCUUGCCGAAUUCCAACAUGACAAAGAGCCCAUCAUCACCCGCCCCGGAUCAGGAGAGCCAAUCACGUACCUGGACGUGCUGAACGCAAGUAGUGAACAACGACCCAUCUCAACCGGCGGCUGCGCAAGCCCAUCUGUAACUCGUCAACGAGGACGCUCAGAAUCCAUCGGAAACCCAAGCGGCACAGCCUCUGAUGUGCCUGUUGUUCCCGGAACCGUCUACUGCAUGCAAGCUCACUCCGCUCCUUCGAGCGAUGACUCAAAUGAAGAUAGCGACGAUGAGAUCAUCCAUCUCCCUGACUUGAGCACGCCGCGUGUGCAGAUCGAAGGCGUAGAUGAGAAUAACAUCCGCUAUGUCAUCGAUGCUGCGUCGGCGGAUGAGGCGCAGAAGCUGAUGUAUUGGCCUCAGCAGAUUCGCCGUGGUGGUGCAUCCAAUCUUUACGGAAAUAGUCUGUCGCCCUUGUCUCGUGCUCGAAUGCAGCUUCGUGGUUCACGCUCGGUCGAGACUUAUUAA